AUGAUUUUUCAAAAAACAGGAAACCAAGCAAAUGUAUUUCCUGGAAAAACUGCCUUAGAAAUUCUCUUUGCCCUCCAAGAAAAAGGAGAAGGAAAUUUUGAAAAAGAAAAAAAGUACAAAGAGUACGUUGAAAAGAUCGAUACAUUAAAUGAGCUGCACUUAUGCAGAGGAAGCGAUGACGCAGAGAAAGCUGUCGAGAUUUUUCUAAACGACGGGGUAGAGAUAGAUAUCCCAGCAAAGAGCAACCGUACGCCUUUGAUGUGGGCAAAUACAUCAUCAUCUGGCAAGUUUAUCAAGACCCUUAUUGAUAUUGGAGCUGACGUAAAUGCUCAGAGACCAGAUGAUAAUGUCACGCCUUUAAUUGUGGUAGCGCAUUUUAACAAUUACGGGGCCACUAAUAUUCUCUUGAAUCACGGAGCUCAAGUGAACAUUGAAGAUAAUUUCGGAGAACAACCAUUGCACGACGGUGCUAAAGAAGGAUUUUUUAACGUCUCCAAACGACUAAUCGAUUCAUGA